UGGAUCCAUUAAAAAGAUUGGCAAGCAAUGAUACGGCAGAAGAUAAUUAUGGGAACCUUAGAAAUUCUAUUGGAAAUUUCUUGAACAGUUGAACCUUCUGUCCUUUACCCACUUUCCACCUUUCUAGUUGUUGUUGUUUUCGAAUUUCCUUUUGUUUUUUUUUUUUUUUUUAAUCUUCUUAUUUGAUAUUGCAGUCACUUCACACAAGUUCUUUCUUUACAAGUAAGCUUUUCAUGUAUUUAUUUUCCUUCUCUCUUAUGGUUUGAUCUUCUUCUCUCCUGUGUUUUUUAGUGUUCUAAAUUGUAUUGAUUAGUGUUUACCGUUAACAUAUCUUUCUUGCGGGAUUAGAGGGGACGUGACUGCAAAUCUAGUAAGUUUUUAUCAAGAAAGAGAAGAAGAAGCACCAGAAGAGUACUUAUUUUUGGUGGGAAAAUCUCUCUUGGGUUUGAUCUGAUUGAUUGGAUAGUCAUAUUUUUAGAUUCUGGUUCUGAAUUUGGCUUCUGGGGUUUGGUUUCAAUCCAAAUUCUUGAUUGUUUAGUGCAAAAGAGAUACUUUUCCGGGAUAUUCAUUCAUGUCUCAACAAAGGCAAAAUAAGAUGGUGGUUACAAACAAUGGCGACACCACCUAUACCAAGAUCUUUGUUGGAGGGUUGGCUUGGGAGACUCAAAGGGAUACUCUGAAACGUCAUUUUGAGCAGUUUGGAGAGAUUCUAGAGGCUGUUGUGAUCAUUGAAAAAAAUACAGGAAGAUCAAGAGGCUAUGGCUUUGUAACGUUUAAGGAUCCCGAUUCAGCCAAGAGAGCUUGUCAAAACCACUAUCCUGUGAUUGAUGGAAGAAGAGCCAAUUGUAACCUUGCAGCCUUUGGCGCACGAAACAAUUAUCCAAGCACUCCUCAACGAGUUGCAGGAAUGGAGAAAUCCGGAUCAUCUUUUAGAACUGUGGCACCAGUUCCUUUUCAUGGCACCUCUACAUAUUUCCAUCACCACAUUCCCCAGUAUGCGUUUCCAUAUUCAACAUAUGGGUGCCCUGAUUAUCCACAAGAUAUGUUUACAAUGAACUAUUACAAUGUCUAUGGUGGCCAACAUUUACCAUCUUCUUAUUGCUUUAUGCCAACCGGACCUCCUGAAGUCUAUGAUUACUCCAGAAUUACACAACCACCUUAUUUUUUGUCUCAGCAAUACCGUGCACUUGGGGGCCUUCAAGUUCCCACUUCAGAUUCUGCAACAAACACAAAACCAGCCACAGGCUCAAUUGCUGCAGCAGUAGUGCCAGGAACAGCCUCUGAUCAACAGAAUUCAUCAGCAUAAUUUUCAUGUCAGAUAGCCUAUAUUUUUACAACAGUAGAAGGGUCAACAGAUACAGCAAAAAAGAUCAUAUAUAGAGUUGCAGAUACCACAUAUAUAAAAGAAAGUAACAGGUUUUCAUUUUUCGUUGCCAACAUGCCUGAUUAGUUGUAGGAGACAGUACUAGGUAGUUCAUUCAGGGGACAAGUGAUUUGGAUUUAGAAUCAGUUUCACUUAUCAUAUACUAGGCAUCCAAUUCAUUAUCCUCUCAUUUCUCAGAUUCCCAUUCCACAGACAUUUUGCAAACAGAAGAAGUUUUAAUUAGCUCUUUUUCCCUUUUUUACUUGCAAGGGAUUACUCUAUUUCUCUAUGAAUUAUCUUGAUAGAAACUUGUAGAUCCAUUUUAUACUGUUUCA